AUGGCUUCGCGACCUACCGUCUCCAUCAUCGGCAAAGAUGGCGCUCCCUCCGGGGCUACCCAUCCCAUUCCCGCCGUCUUCACGAGCCCGAUCCGACCGGAUAUCGUCCAGCACGUGCACACCGGCAUGGCCAAGAACAAGCGCCAGCCGUACGCCGUGAGUGAGAAGGCCGGCCACCAGACCUCUGCCGAGUCUUGGGGAACUGGUCGUGCCGUUGCCCGUAUCCCUCGUGUCUCCGGUGGCGGUACCCACCGUGCCGGUCAGGCCGCCUUCGGUAACAUGUGCCGCUCCGGCCGCAUGUUCGCGCCCACCAAGAUCUGGCGCAAGUGGCACGUCAAGAUCAACCAGGGCCAGAAGCGAUACGCCACCUGCUCCGCCCUGGCUGCGUCGGCCGCCACCCCUCUCCUGCUGGCUCGCGGCCACCAGGUGAUGACGAUUCCCGAGGUUCCCCUCGUCGUCGACUCGGCCCUGUUCGAGGCCGGCGCCAUGGCCCGCACCUCGGCCUCGAUCGGCCUGCUCAAGGCCGUCGGCGCUGGUGCCGAGCUCGAGAAGGUCAAGGGCUCCAAGAAGCUCCGCGCCGGCAAGGGCAAGCUCCGCGGUCGCCGCCACCGCCAGCGCCGCGGUCCUCUCGUCGUCUACUCCCCCGACGUCGACGGCAAGGAGCUCGUCAAGGGUUUCCGCAACAUCCCCGGCGUCGAGACGUGCCCCGUGACGGCGCUCAACCUGCUCCAGCUCGCCCCCGGCGGCCACCUCGGUCGCUUCAUCGUCUGGACCUCGGCCGCCUUCAAGGCUCUCGACGAGAUCUACGGCUCGACGACGGUGCCCUCGGCUCACAAGCGCGACUUCCUCCUGCCUUCCAACGUGGUCUCCCAGGCGGACCUGACGCGUCUCAUCAACAGCUCCGAAAUCCAGAGCUCGCUGAACGCGCCCAAGGGCGAGGCGACGACGCGCCGGUCGGCGGUGCAGAAGAAGAACCCCCUGCGCAACAAGCAGGUGAUGCUGCGCCUGAACCCCUACGCGACCGUGUUCGCCAAGGAGUCCCAGAAGAAGCAGCUGAAGAAGUAA